CACCAAAGAGACAUGCUUCCAUUGUCUCUUCACUUCACCCAGAAGUUCAAACAUUGCUAUCUUCUUCCCUUUCGCUCUUCGUGUUCCAUAGUUGAUCACACUCCUACCACCUUCACAAACCUCUUACAGGGCCACAUUCCGCGUUCUCAUCUUCUCCAAAUCCAUGCACGCAUUUUCCAACUCGGCGCACACCAAGACAAUCUCCUCGCUACGCGCCUCAUUGGCCACUACCCACCUCGCAUUGCUCUCAGGGUCUUUCACUAUCUACACAAUCCAAACAUCUUCCCUUUCAACGCCAUCAUCAGAGUCCUCGCUGAACAGGGUCACGUUUCCCAUGUCUUCUCACUGUUCAACGAUUUGAAGCACCGUGUACUUGCACCCAAUGACUUCACCUUCUCUUUUCUCCUUAAGGUUUGCUUUCGGUCCAAAGAUGCUCGUUGUGCUGAACAGGUUCAUGCCCACAUUCAGAAGAUGGGUUAUCUCAAUGACCCUUCUGUUAGUAAUGGGUUGGUUGCAGUGUAUGCUAGAGGCUUUCGUAAUGUGGUGUUUGCACGUAAAGUGUUUGAUGAAAUUCCUGAUAGAAGUGAAGUUACAUGCUGGACUUCUUUGAUCACUGGUUAUGCUCAGUCUGGUCAUGGUGAGGAGGUUUUGCAGCUUUUCCACAUGAUGGUUAGGCAGAACUUGCGUCCCCAAAAUGAUACCAUGGUUAGUGUUUUAUCAGCUUGCUCUAGCCUUGAGAUAUCAAAAAUUGAGAGAUGGGUUUACUUUCUUUCAGAAUUGAUUGAUGAUAGCACGAGUAAUGGAGAAAGCUGUCAUGAUUCGGUUAACACGGUUUUAGUCUAUUUGUUUGGGAAAUGGGGGAAUGUUGAGAAGAGUAGAGAAAGGUUUGACCGAAUUUCUGCUGCAGGAAAAAGAGGUGUGGUUCCUUGGAAUGCUAUGAUAAGUGCAUAUGUUCAGGAUGGUUGCCCUGUGGAGGGUUUAAGUCUUUUUCGGAUUAUGGUAAAAGAAGGAACCACUAGACCUAACCACGUUACAAUGGUUAGUGUCCUGUCAGCCUGUGCUCAAAUUGGUGAUUUGAGUCUUGGCAAAUGGGUUCAUGAAUACCUUAUAUCCAUAGGACAUAAAGGUAACAUUGGUUCAAACCAAAUUCUGGCGACAUCUUUAAUUGACAUGUAUUCUAAAUGUGGCAGAUUGGAUAGGGCAAAGGAAGUUUUUGAGCAUGCAGUCUCCAAAGAUGUUGUCUUGUUUAAUGCAAUGAUCAUGGGUCUUGCUGUAAACGGUGAAGGAGAGGAUGCAUUGAGACUCUUCUACAAAAUGCCAGAAUUUGGCUUGCAACCCAAUGCUGGAACAUUUCUUGGUGCUCUGAGUGCAUGCAGUCACUCUGGGUUCUUGGAGAGAGGACGUCAGAUUUUCAGAGACAUGAGCUUUUCCACUUCUCUUACAUUGGAACAUUAUGCUUGUUACAUUGAUCUCCUUGCAAGAGUGGGAUGCAUUGAAGAAGCUAUUGAAGUUGUGACUUCCAUGCCUUUCAAGCCUAACAAUUUUGUCUGGGGUGCUCUGCUUGGAGGUUGUUUGCUCCACUCUAGAGUUGAGUUGGCUCAAGAGGUUUCGAAGAGGCUUGUUGAAGUAGACCCAACUAGUUCUGGAGGCUAUGUUAUGUUAGCUAAUGCACUUGCUUCUGAUAGGCAAUGGAAUGAUGUCUCAGCACUGCGGUUGGAAAUGAGAGAGAAGGGCAUCAAGAAGCAGCCAGGAAGUAGCUGGAUUAGUGUGGAUGGAGUUGUACAUGAAUUUCUUGUUGGCUAUUUGUCUCAUCCUCAAAUUGAGGGCAUUUAUCUUACAUUGACUGGAUUGGCGAAGCAUAUGAAAGCACCAAGCCAUUGUCAAUCAGUGAGCUGUUACUAGAUAGAAGAAUGCAAGGGAUAAGUAACUCUAGACCAAUAAUUUUGUUAAUGAAAAUGCAUGAAAGAAGUGGAUAUAAUUCAAAACGCAUUUUGAUUUUAUUUUCUUUGUAAGAACGUGAGAUUUAAUUAAUGAUUUAUAUAUACAUUUUCAAAUAUUUUCCUUUGUAACAAAAA